UACAAGAGACGCCGGCGCAGUCAGGGAUCGCCCGUCAGUUGAAUAGACGGCAUUCAUUGUGCGGCACGCGCCGGCCGACUCACGCGCACGAACGAACGAUAAUUCGAAAUUUAAAACCGUGGUCUCCACAAGGGUGCGUUUUUGUGCCAGUGUUAUUCUUAUUCUAUAUUAUCAUUAACUUUUUUCGUGCAAUAUUUGAGGUUCGCAAACAGUGUUUUUAGUUGUUUUAUGAGUGAAAUCAUUAUUGAUCGGUCCAGACUGAGAUGCUGAAUGGCAUGAUCCACAAAACCUCAGCAAUGGCGGCUAAUAGUGUAACGUAACUCUCCUUCUAGAACGUUCUAGAACAAUCUGGAAUAUUCCAAGUGCAGUGCUGUGCUGUUCUGUUUCUAAAUGUGUGAGAAAGUGAACUUUAGUGAGAAGAUGACGAACAUUAGUCCUGAAACGAGGAUCAUGAUAAUGCGAUCCAGUGAUGGGAGGAAUACUUAUAGGAGACAGAUCCUCGCGGCUCUUGCAGUGUCGCUGGGGCCCUUCGCAGCUGGGCUGUCCAAGGGAUACAUGUCUCCUGCCAUCUCCUCUAUGCAGGACAUCCGUUCCCACCACAGGGGCGGGUUCACGGUGAGCGACCAGCAGGCCAGCUGGAUCGUCAGCCUUAGCUUGUUGGGUGCCCUAGUAGGCGGCAUACUAGGCGGGGUGGCGAUGCGAGCCGGCAGAAGAACUGUGAUCCUGGUAGCCGCUCUCCCUUACUCCUUCGCAUGGCUAGCGACGUCCCUCUCUAGCAGCGUAGAUAUGGUGUCUGUGACGUCAUUCUGCGGAGGACUGCUGACGUGCUGCAUCACUAUGAUCACGCAGGUGUACGUGACAGAGAUAGCAGUACCGGACAUCCGCGGCUGUCUGAGCUCCGUCCUCAAAAUACUCAGCCAGAUCGGGAUCCUCAUCUCUUUCUCUCUCGGCGCCUACCUCAACUGGCACCAGCUCGCUCUGGUCGUCGCUUCAGCCCCAAUCCUCCUGUUCUUCGCCUUACUCUUCAUACCUGAAACGCCAUCCUGCUUACUCCUACGAGGAAGGGAGGAAGACGCUGCGAAGUCCCUUCAAUGGCUUCGGGGACCUGAUGCUGACAUCCGACAGGAGUUGGCAACCAUCAGAACGAAUAUCCUCGCUAGCAAGCAGUACAAUAACGGAGGAAGAAUGUUCACUAAAAGGUUGACGCGUCCGAUACUCAUCACGUGUGGCUUGAUGUUCUUCCAAAGGUUUUCUGGAGCUCACGUGUUCAACUUCUACGCUGUGCCGAUGUUUAAGAAAACCUUCCGAAUGAUGAACCCUCAUGGGGGAGCCAUAGCGGCUAGCGUUGUGCAACUUCUGGCCUCUUGUUUAUCAGGAAUGCUUAUAGACAAUGUUGGCAGACUUCCUCUGCUCAUGAUCAGUGGGGUGCUUAUGUCGAUAGCGUUAGCUGGAUUUGGUUCUUAUGCUUACUAUGAGCAUGUGUUCAGAAACACCAGCGAUUUAAUCCAUGCUGAGCCUGGGUCAUAUGACUGGAUCCCGCUGCUUUGUGUCUUGACGUUCACGACAGCGUUUUCCCUCGGCAUCAGUCCUAUAUCUUCAUUAUUGAUAGGGGAGUUGUUUCCUCUGGAAUACAGAAGUACAGGAAGUGCUGUAGCGACGAGCUUCAGCCAUCUUUGUGGGUUUGUGAACUUGAAGACGGCGGCAGACUUCCAAGAGCAUAUAGGUCUGCACGGGUUGUUCUGGCUGUACGCUGGUAUAUCAGUCUUGUGCCUUUUGUUUGUGAUAUUGUUCGUACCUGAGACUAAGGGCAGAGAGAUGGAUGAAAUGGACCCCAAGUAUGUAGAGUCAUUGUGCAUUAAUCGAUAGUCUUUGAUAAGGUUUAUGGUUUUAGUGAUGCUGUUUUUAUGGUUUUGGAAACGCUGUCACGGAAUCUACUGGUUAGAUUCCAAGGCUAUGGUGCUAAGAAAAAAGCCACCAAAUGUGCUUUAAAAAUCAGUUGGGCUCAAAUGUAAUAACUACCUAUGUAUCCAGGCCUGUUAAACCUGGAAUAUACCUGGAGGUUUAGUUAAGACGUGUUUCCAUGUAGUGAUACGAUGUUUUAUCCAGUAUUAUAGUUAGUGUAUGUAGUAGAUAAGUAGCAUUUUUCUUGAGACUCUACAUAGUAUUUUAAGAUAACAAAAAACUGGUGCCUUAGUUCUUUCAAAGUUCCUGUAUAUUUCUCGUUUUCUUCAUCACAAGACUAAUAUUGUUAGUAUUUACUUAGUAUUUAAUUAGGUACAUUAUGCCUAAACAUUUAAUGAAUUUAAAGUAUACGUACAAAAUAUUCUUCGAGGAAUCAUCAUUUCGGUCUAUCAACUUUUAUAGUAAGAGUAAAAUAUUUGUAAAAUUUUUAGAUACUUGAGAUAUUAUCUUUCUUUUGUUAUAUAUUACCUUCGCCAUAAUAGUAUGUAAGAGAAAUGAAUUUAAUGAAUUCAUCGUUAUUGGUUUGGUUGGUUUGGUCAAAAAGGCUAUGAUAUUUUAAAGAAGGCUAUUUAUUGAGGCUAUACUAAAACCUACUUAUAAAGCUAUGAGAUCUGAGAUUGAUUGAUGGUUUUCCAUUGAUUUUAUUAAUACACAGAAGAAGUGUAAACCGUAUAAAAUCUUUACGGGUAUGGUUCAUAAUAAUUUUAAAUACAACCAUGAGAAUAUAUUAUUUCCAGUGAGGAACACGAAAUUGACUACAUAUUGUAUAAUUGAUGUAUUUUUACUUCAUAUAAUUGUUUCGCCAAUAGUUUAUCAUAGAGAUUUCUAUGAUUAAGGGUGACUUGCAUCAAACAUUUAAGUGCAAUUAAAUAUAAUUGUCUCUUGCUUUGAGAGUAUAUAAUUUCAUUUAGAUCUACCUAUUUCGUUUAUAAAAUUAUUUGAUGCAAGUCUCCCUUAAAAAUAUAAUAAUAUUUUCAGCGUGCCUAUAUAUUUUCGUUGUUGUUAUAAAACCGUUUGGUGCUAAUCAAAGGUGCCUAUCUGCAUUUUGUGAAUUUACAAAUUCUAUAAGUACCCUAAUGUAAAAAGAACUGUAAAUAAUGAAUUUACUGUAAGUAUUUAAUUGUUAAUACAAACUAUUUUGCCAUACGUGUUGUAUGUUGAAUGAUAUUAGUAUUAUUACAAAAUGUAUUUUAUUGUACUUAAAAUAUAGUUUUAAGGUGUUUUAAUAAAAAAACUUUACAGAAA